AUGUUUGUGAACCAGCUGGAACGUGAAGGCCUGAUCCUGCUUGAUCAGUUUGAAGAAUUGCAACUAACGCCAUCCGAGAGCUCAGAUUUGACGGGUCUCUUUAACAAGGUGUCGCUGCCUGACCCCGACGUUCGAGUGCAUGAUCUACCUAUGGAUAGAAAGGUCUUUGAGUCUAGUUUUCAGAACACUAAAGAUCAUAUCUAG